AUGCUUCUGAGGCUGUUACUCGCAGUGCGCACUCCAGGCGUGUCCGCUCAGGCGAAGAGUAUGUGUGCCAAGGCAUUUAAUGUCGGUGUAGCAUUGGUCGGUGUGGAUGAUGGCCAGUUCGGUCGCGAUAAACCGGCUAUUCAAAGUACUUAUCCUGCGAAACGUUUAGGCAUCAAGGUCGACAACAGCUUCAUUCGCGGAUGUGCAGAUUCUUUGUUCAUCACCGAACGAAAAGGCUUCAUUCCUGAAGUUAUGACACGGACCGUCAACCUCUGCCGCACGUUGCCUCGAAAUCGGCUGUUUUCAGAGGAGCGAGGCAACGAACUCGUGUCUCUGUGCAUCUGCGCGUUUGACCGCUGCAACGUCCACCCGGACAAACUGUUCCCGUCAACCUCUGCCUCGUGUCGGUGCCGUAGAUGCCGUCACCGCUACUACAGCGAGCGCCUUUUGCCACUGCAUGUGCUGCUAGCCGGUAGUUUGUUAGCCUUUGUUGUAUGAAA